GUCCGGAAAUAUUAGUAUGUUGUCUAUAUUUCUACCAUUGCAACUUGCGUAUUAUGUACAUAUUUAAAAAAAAAUUAUAUAGUACUUUUAUAAAGUACUAUUUAUAAAAGUUUUAAAUUUUAUAAAAAUUAGUAUAGUCGACUGUUUCAAAAUUUAAAAUGAUUAAGUUAUUUUCGCUAAAAAAUCAACAAACAGAUCCAAAUCGUGGGUCUGGAGGUGGAAAAAGAGCUUCUGCAGCACAGUUAAGGGUUCAAAAAGACUUGUCAGAACUGCAAUUACCUAGGACUUGUCAAACAGAGUUUGCUGAUCCGGAUGAUUUGCUUAAUUUUAAACUGACCAUACAACCUGAUGAGGGAUUUUAUAAAAAUGGUAUAUUUGUAUUCACUUUCAAAAUUGGACCUAACUAUCCACAUGAGCCUCCUAAAGUAAAGUGUGAAACAAUGGUUUAUCAUCCAAAUAUAGAUCUUGAAGGGAAUGUUUGUCUUAAUAUACUAAGGGAGGAUUGGAAGCCAGUGUUAACUAUAAAUGCGAUUGUAUAUGGUAUACAAUAUCUCUUCUUGGAACCAAAUCCUGAUGACCCACUAAAUAAAGAUGCAGCAGAAGUAUUACGGCAAAAUCGUCGUCUUUUUGAACAAAAUGUACAAAGAACGAUGAGAGGGGGAUAUAUUGGAAGUGUGUACUUUGAGCGAUGUAUGAGAUGACAACUUCUUAGCAUAUAAAUCUUUUAAAGAGAAUUUGGAAUGUGAAAAAUAUUGGAAUGCUAUUCAUUGAGUUUGGUUUAAGUUAUUUGCAAUGUUUCUUCUUUGAAACAGAAGUUCAAAUAGUUUAUGCAAAAAAGCAAUAUCAAAAAUAAACUCAACAGAAUUAAUUAUAAUUAUAAUUUGUUUGAAUCGGUAAAAACAAUAUAAAAUUAAAUGUAAAAGCAAACAUUAAAGUUUCUCAAGUGUUUAUAAAAAUUUAUAUGUUUCGGUUUAUUGUUUAUUGAUUUAUAAGUUAGCUUAAAGAUUACAAAAAAAUUAUUCUAAAGAAACUAAAUAAAAUGCUUAAAAAUUCUUUCUUAAAGUUCUUUGUCUUCUUCGUACAUUUGUAAAUAUAAUUUUCUUAUUGCUAUCAAUUUUUUUAAUUUCUAUUAUUGCUACUUUUUGUUAUUAACAUUUAUAUUUUGUUAUUUUAAAUUCUGAACAAAAAUCUUUUGUUAGCUCUUCAUGAAACUUAUACAGUUAUAAUUAUGAGUUUAAAUAAUAUGUAAUGUAAUGAUAUCUUCAAAAAACACUUUUUUUUCGUAUUU